AUGUCUGAAAGACCUGAAGGGCAUAAGCGCUCUCGCAGCUCCAUAGCGCUUUCUCUUCUACACCGCGAUAAAUCCCGCGGCGAGGACAAAAGCCAAGACGACGACAACAACUCAACCGGCACUUCGACGAAUGGCUCCUCCCCAUUGACCCACGCCCGCAGCCUAAGCCGUCACAGCCGCCGUAAGCCUGCUUUUGACCCGAGCCCUUCCCCCGCAAAUCCAGCCAUCCUCGAAGAUACCCCUCUCAACCAGAGCUCCCAGGACAUCGACGCAAUGGAGAGCGUGACCUCCGCGCCUCAGGCGGAGAACGCCGGCAUGUCUCUGGAUCAGUCCGUACGGACUUUCCGUUUGUUUGAGGUUCUGCGCGGUGGGGAUACCAAUGCGAUCGCCAAAGCCAUCGAGGAGGCGAAGGAUCCUCAGGUGGCCAACAAUCUGUAUGGAACAACCAUUCUUCAUCUGGCUCUGCAGUGCGCCGAGCCCCAGGUAGUAGAGUUUGUGUUGUCCACCGGCACUGGGUUGGACAUCAACGCGCGCGAUCGCGAAGGCAACACCCCGCUUCAUUUGGCCGCUCAGCUGGGACGGGUCUCGUUAGUACGUGACCUGUUGAACAGACCCGAGGUUAACGACGCCAUCGUCAACUACCGGGGCCAAACUCCGCUCGAUGCCGCACGCACCCCGGAGAUCUUCCAGCAACUGCAGCUCGCCCGGUCCAUCUUUAUCGAUAGCAAGAUUCAGGAAAUCCAGGCCUUGAUCAGCAAGAGGGAAUAUGAUAAUUUGGAGAAGCUUUUAGAAGAACCCCGCGCAGAGGGCCUCUUGGAUGUAAACAGCCAGGAAUUGGUGACCGACCGCGCCACUGUGCAAUCGGGCGGCACGUUGUUGCAUGAGGGCGCUCGCAAUAAAGAUGCGCAGCUCAUUGAGAUUCUCCUCACCCAUGGAGCCGACCCCUUCCGUCGCGAUAAGAAGGGCAAGCUGCCCCAGGAUGUCACUAAAGACGACAAGACCCGGGCACUUUUGAAAAAGUCUCCGGCGGCUGCGAUUGCGCAGCGUGGUAUUCAGGAGAAGGCCAUUCUUGGGAAUAACAACGCUCAAGGUCUGUCUGGUCGUGCCUCUACUGGGGAAGCACCUUUGGCCGGUAAGGACGCGCGUGAGAUGAGAGGCUAUCUUAAGAAAUGGACCAACUACACAAGUGGAUACAAGCUGCGAUGGUUUGUGCUCGAAGAUGGUGUAUUGAGCUAUUAUAAGCAUCAAGAUGAUGCUGGCUCCGCUUGUCGUGGAGCUAUCAACAUGAAGAUUGCUAGACUCAACAUGGACGCCCAGGACAAGACCCGGUUCGAAAUCCAUGGCAAGUCGUCGGUCAAGUACCACUUGAAGGCGAACCAUGUCGUGGAAGCCAAGCGUUGGUUCUGGUCUCUGAACAACGCGAUCCAGUGGGCCAAAGAUGAAGCCAAGGAGGAAGAGCGACAACGUUCUAAGACCGCUGAGGUGCUUCGCCUGGCCAAGAUAGAUCAGUCUGGAGAUACCCCCUCCGAGUCUGGCCUUAGCCGCAGAACCAGCGGCAGAGGUCCACCUUCUUCGUCCCUUGGAGUUCCUGGCGGCAGCUUUGCCAGAAUUAGCAGCCAGAUGUCGCGUACGACACUUGAAACCUCACCUGCAGAGGAAGAAGAAUCGGCUUACGGGUCAGUGGAUCAGGGUACUGGUCCCAAUGAUGUGAACCGAGUGCUGAGCCGCGUUACCACUGCGCCCGAUGGGGAUGACGACGAUGAUUUCAACGACUAUGCUUCUAGCCAUGACGAUAUGCCCGCAAAUGAUAAGGAUGCCCUCAACAUUACUGCACAAUCCGCGAAACUGCAGUUGGAUCUUCUUGCAAAUGUUUCCGCUUCUCUGCAGGCUGAGCGGACCAAGAACCCCGAAAUGUCAAUCGCGGAUCCAGCCAUCGAGCAGGCUCUUACUGCCUAUGAGGGUGCUGUCAGUAGCCUCAAGGGUUUAGUUCAGAAUCUUCUCCAGAUCUCACGGGACCGCGACUCCUACUGGCAUUAUCGCUUGAACCGCGAGGAACAUCUUCGUCGCAUGUGGGAGGAGAGUAUGGCUCGCGUUGCUCAGGAGCACGAGGAGCUGCAAUCCAAGAUGGGCGAGUCUGAAGAAAAGCGCAAGCGUACGAAGCGAGCUUUGAAGGAGGCACUAGAAAAUGCUGCUGGCAGCAGUCGCUCCAUCAGCGGCGCACCGUCGCGUAUGCAAACGGAACCCUCUAGCAUCAUGGAGACGAGCCAGUCAGAGAUCCGUGACUCCGAGCCUGCUUCUCAAAAUGACCAGUCAACUCAGCUCGCAGCAGCGCCUAUCCCUCUCACCCGGAAACGCUCUGGGCUUUCUCAUAUCAGCAGUCUGUACGAUUCCGAGUCAGACGGCGACGAGUUCUUUGAUGCCAUUGAUGCUGGUGAAAUUGAAGUGGAGGACUUCAGCCAAGCCACUGAGAUCCAAGAGCCCGAGGAGCCGGAGGAUGAAAGUGCCUUGGCCCGAAAAGAGAAGGCCUCUGUGAUCAAGUCCUCUUACAGCGGUUACGAAGACCCCGUUCGAACGAGACUGGCUAUGGACAGUGAUGACCGGCCUAAAAUCUCGCUCUGGGGAAUUUUGAAAUCUAUGAUUGGUAAAGACAUGACAAAGAUGACCUUGCCCGUGUCCUUCAACGAACCCACUUCAUUACUUCAGCGAAUUGCGGAGGAUCUAGAGUACACCGAUCUUCUUGAUAUUGCCGCGGAUCGAUCCGACUCCAUGGAGCGCCUUCUAUAUGUGGCCUCCUACGCUGCUAGUGAAUAUGCCUCAACUAUUGGACGUGUGGCUAAGCCAUUCAAUCCUCUGCUCGGUGAAACCUUUGAAUAUGUGCGUCCUGACAAGGGCUACCGGUUCUUCGUCGAGCAAGUCAGCCAUCACCCUCCGAUCGGUGCGGCAUGGGCAGAGUCUCCCAAGUGGGACUACUGGGGUGAGUCCUCACUCAAGUCCAAGUUCUACGGCAAAUCAUUCGAUAUUAAUCUUCUGGGUACCUGGUUCUGCAAACUGCGACCGUGCACCGGAGGCGAAGAGCUGUAUACGUGGAAGAAGGUCACAUCUUCAGUGAUUGGCAUUAUUACUGGUAAUCCCACCGUGGACAAUUACGGACUGAUGGAAAUCAAGAAUUGGACUACCGGCGAGGUCUGCUACCUUGACUUUAAGCCUCGUGGAUGGAAAGCAUCCUCAGCUUAUCAGGUCAGCGGUAAGGUGGUUGACCGUGACGGUUCUCCGAAGUGGAGUAUUGGCGGCCGAUGGAAUGACAAGAUCUACGCUCGCCAUACCCCAGGGUUCGAAGCACCGGUCUCUGGCCAGGAUCCUGAGUCAGCGAAGACAUUAUUGGUUUGGCAAGCUCAUGAGCGUCCAAAGGGUGUGCCAUUUAACUUGACUCCAUUCGUCCUCACUCUGAACGCCAUUCCCGACAACCUGCGGCCUUGGUUGCCUCCUACCGACACCCGAUUACGUCCUGACCAGCGUGCUAUGGAGGACGGCCAGUAUGACUUUGCCGCUGAUGAAAAGCAUCGCGUUGAGGAAAAGCAGCGAGCCAAGCGGAGGGAACGGGAAGCCGAAGGCAAGACCUACUCUCCUCAGUACUUCACUAAGGCCACAUGCCCUAUCACUGGGGAAGAGUACUGGUCUCACAACGGUAAAUAUUGGUCCAGCAGAGAUGCCCAGGACUGGAGUAUCGCCGAAGAUAUUUUCUGA